AUGGCCCUGACCUCGUCACUCCCCUAUUUACUUUCCGAGCUAAAGAGAAUCUUUAAGGAGUGUAAGGUGACAGUGCUUAACAUGUUUUCCUCGUUCAUGGCCGGCGUCAUCAAAGAAGCUCGCAAGGACCACAAGCUUCUUCCCAUGCUCCAGACCUUUGAUGCCUGCGCUUACGGUGGACUUCCACUGGAGGAUACUGAAGCAAUUUGGGCUCGGGGGCAGGGUAUCAAUCUAGUCGACCUCUUCGCCAGCACAGGAGUCGGCUAUGUUACUGUGAGCGGUGCUCCUAUCAACGCUGCUAACGGUGCACCAACUGAGAAGCUCGUGGAACUAGCGGUCCCCAAGCAUGCGCCUGAAUGUCCGCACCCUUCGCUCUGUGACCCAACAACAGGUGACUUCAUUACAGGCGAUGUCUUUCUGGAAGUCGGAGCAGACCGUUACAUCUCCAAGGGUCGUAAUGACGAUUGGAUCAAGAUGGAGAUAUCGCUGCGCUGUGAUACGCGUUCCAUUGAGAACAACGCAUUUGAGACGCGUGGCAAGGAUCUCAUCAGCGCCGCGGUGGUUAUUGGAGCUGCCAGACUUUCACCAGACCUUUUUGUCGAGGCCAAACAAACUGAGGGGCAUGAUGAAUUGCAGGCUGAAGUUCUAGGUCGAAUUACACCAUUCCAUGAGCGCAGAUAUAAACACGAGCGUAUUCUCGACUCGCGACUUAUUAUUGUCUUGUCCAAUGCUACACUACCAAGAACUGCAAAGGGUAGUAUAUCAAGGAAAGUGGUUGAGAGAAAGUUUAAAGAAAAGAGAUAUCCUAGGAAGCGAACCUGA